AUGUUGCACGAUCUGCUCACAGCCCUCCUGGGACUUGAAGGGGAUUUCAUCGUCAAGCAGCUGGUUAAGAGCGAUGGGAAUAUGGAGGGGAAGGAUGACAUUCGCCCAUCAUUCGUGUUGGCGCCGAUAGCCCUGAGUAGAUUGUCAGACUCGCAAGUCCUGUCAAUCAAACCCCUGCUCCAUAUCGCCGGGUUGUACAACAAAGUAGCGGAUGCUGUUGAAGCUGUGCUCACCUCAGUGCCUGAGCCCCAUCCAGCUCCUUAUCAUUACACUCUUGCGGCCAUCAUUGAGUCGGUUGUUCUUGAGCCCUAUAGGGACAGGAUCUGCGACAUUGAGGGCUCUCUAUUACAACAUGAUGGGCUUCUGCCAGUCACUUAUCUAGUCGCUCAACUUCGCGAUCAAACCAUCCUUCUCACGUUCUUUUCUGACCUUCUUGACGAGGCACAGUCAGUACGGGGCUGCAUCCUGCUUGAUCUCCUCUGGUCGCGCUACCACGCCUUGCCUGAGUGUUCCCCGAUUCGCCGUCCUCUCGGGUUCUGUCUCGACGCACUUGGUGAACUCUUCUCAUCAAUGUUGUCCAAAUGGGUCUCGUUCGGACAAGUCCCUAUGCUGCCUGAUGUCUUCUUUAUCACACCUAUCAGCAAAGACUACUCGGUUGUGGAGACGGAGUCCGCUAGCUCUAGUGCAGUUGAGAUUGAUCAACAGCUUAUCCCGAAGGGAAUAAUUAGUUCCUCUCUGGCCGAGAAGAUACUCCUCUGUGGCUCUGCUGUGAGGGUCCUUGGUUUGUGCGAUACCACAGACGACACGAACAAGAAUGCUGAGAACUUGAGUCGGCUAAGGCAAUUGAAUGUACUUUUCGAUGGAGAUGAUCCGAACUAUAAGAUGACAUCUCCUGGCUGCAUACGUUACAUAGAGCGAAGUGUUGAACGGGCUCGAGGAUUUCUCAAUGGGUGGCUACGCGGAACGGUGUCACCCACACUAUUGGAGCAUUUAUCGGCUGUGAGGGGCCUCUAUCUGUUGGGGGAUGGAGGCUUCUGGCAAACCUUCUUGGAAGAGUGUGCCGAGCUCACCGUAACUCGUAAAGGAAAUGUCACUGAGUACGACCUGUCAGCCGGACCCUGGCAGCUAGCUCUGGCAGAGCACUACGUUGAGACUAGCCAUCAAGCGAAUCUUGCUUCGCUCCGCCUUCUUCCUCUCGGCUUCUCGUUUGCCAGCAAACCCCUCUUCAACAUUACGAAGCAGUCAGCUGGUGCAGUUCCGGUCAUCGAUUGGGAGUUGGCUUGCAAGUCCAGCUUAUGCCUGGUCGGGACUGCAAGACUUGGUGGUCAAGUUUCGUCGUCCUCUAUCAACACAUUCACUCACCGUCGGAAAUCGUCGUUGGAUCAGCUGGCUGGUCUUCUCAGCCAAAUGGAAAGCCCUGGUAAUCGCAUGCCCAACGUGCUAGCAGCAGGGAAGUCUGUAAGCCCCGGGUAUCGCACAACAGCAGAUGACUUUCUAAGGACGCAUACUUUAACCGUCACGACUGGUGCAGUGAAGAUUGACGAGAUGACAUGCAUCUCACCAGUAGUGAGAGAGCUCAUUCCCUCUCGCAGCUCUUGCUCAGACUGGAUUAUAACGAAUCCGAGUCGAGAUCUGGAGCAAAGUACUCCAGUAGCCUCAGCUGAAGGAGCCGUCUCAGCUGUAUCAUCUCAUAGCAUAGGGCCUCAAUAUGGGCGGACGAGUGGUCCUGGUCUGGCCGCCAGUGAGAGUAGCCAUUAUACGAUUGCAUACGGACCAGAACCUACUCAUCUUGAAGGCUACGACUCAGCUGCUACUGGUGGCUCCAGAGAGUUGGAAGUUCACGGCGCUACUCAAGAUGUGGUUUCGAAGAUUUUAAAGGAGGGUCAGGAUGAGCAAUCGAAGGUGCUCUCUGCAUACGAGAAGUCCAAGGCUCUGCUAGAAAGUAUUCGCCGUCGAAAGCUCCUCCGAGCAGCAGGGNNNNUGACAAAGAUGCAUUUUGUGAUACAUCAUGUUCCAGACACAUCAUGA